AUGGGUAGAGGUGGAGUUAUUAGGGAUGCUGCAGGGAGAUGGAAGGGUGGUUGUUCUGCAGGUAGUAGGGAGGGAGAUGCCCUAUGCACAGAGCUUCUUGCAUUAGAGGAAGGACUAUUACUUUGCUGGGAGGAGGGGUUUAGGCACAUCGUGUGUGAGUUGGACUGUUUAGGGGCAGUCCAAGCUGUGCGAGGUAGCUGGCGAGUUCAAGACAACUUACACAAGCAUCGUGACAUCAUCUGGCGUGUGAAGGACAUGAGGACUUGGAAUUGGGUUGUGGAGAUUUCUUGGGUUCCUCGAGAAUAUGAUCAUCAGCACGAGGAUGUUGGUGACGAGGUUUAG